CCCGCCUCCCGGUCCCCCCGGAUUUACAAACGUAUUUUCCGUCAAGCCAUUUUCCACCGACCACCGAAUAAACCAACCAACCGGAGAAGCGGAUAAUCGGUGCCGGUUAAUUGCAGAUCCAGUCAUGCAUCGUGACUGUCCUCUCGACUGCAAAAUCUAUGUUGGAAAUUUGGGCAACAAUGGAAACAAGACAGAGUUAGAGAGGUCAUUUGGCUACUAUGGUCCUCUCCGCAGUGUUUGGGUCGCCAGGAACCCUCCAGGCUUUGCAUUUGUAGAAUUUGAAGAUCCCAGAGAUGCAACUGAUGCGGUGCGUGAGCUUGAUGGAAGGACGUUGUGUGGUUGCCGGGUGCGAGUGGAGUUGUCCAAUGGUGAGAAGCGCAGUCGCACCCGGGGCGCUCCCCCACCAUGGAGCAGGCGUCCUCGAGACCGAGACGAUAACCGGCGUCGUAGCCCACCAGCCAGAAGAAGAUCCCCGCGCAGGAGGAGCUUCAGCCGCAGUCGAAGCAGGUCUUUCUCCAGAGACAGGAAGAGGGAGAGGUCCCUCUCCCGGGAAAGGAACCACAAACCUUCAAGGUCUUUCUCACGCUCAAGAAGCCGCUCCAGAUCUAACGACAGAAAGUAGAGGAACGUCUGUCAGGUUCAAAGGGAGCUGAAGAGAAACGGUUGGCCGUCUCAAAAUGAUGGAGUUCAACAAGGCCGUGUGGCCUUUUUUUGUUUUUUGUUGAGUUUUUAAAACAAUCAAGCAUUUUAAUGUCCCUCCCCUUUACCUGUUAUUGUACUUGUUCACAUGCAUUGAGUGGGUGUGUAGUCCACGCUGUCAGUACUGAAAAAAGUCGUGGCACCCAGCAUUCCAGCUCACCAGUUUUUGUCAAUGAAUGUACCGUGUAGUUUGACAUAGUAAGUAGUUCCUCUUUUUCAGCUAAGUAAGGAGUGUGACGAUUUCUGUUUUUUGAUUGUCUGUAACCAGCCUAUUUUUCAACGUGCUACUUUUCUUUCUUCACACUGAAGGUUUCCAUCUGUCAAUGGUUGGUUGUUUGUUAAAAAACACACCCACACAUUAAAGAUGCAAAACUAUGGCAUUUAUUUAAAAAAAAAAAAAAAAAGUGUUAUGAACA